CGCUCAGAUGGACUACUUUUUCACCUAACUCUCAAAACACACGUCAACAAACGCUUUUAUGUGCCGCCGAGCGCUGUCAUUUUCAAACAAGGCAUUGCUACUUUUUUCCCCUUGUGUUCCUUUACACUGAGCCCUUUUUUCCUUUCCUUUUUUUUUUCUUUUUUCUUUUUUCUAGACGUGUACUUCCGCGUACUGUGUGUGUGUGUUUUUUUUUUCUCCCACUGACACACGGCAACUUUCGAACAGGAAACCUAUUAGACGCUCCGGCCGUCUUUUUCUCUCAUUUUAAGGGGUGUGUUUGGAGCUCAGUGCUCUGACCCAGCCAUGAGCAUCAUCGGGGCUGAGGACGAGGAUUUCGAGAACGAUUUGAAUGAUGGAAUGGAGGACCAGUGCACACACUUCAACAGCAUAGAGCAGUUGAAGGAACACCCAACCCACUUGCUGGUUUUCAUGCAUCAUGUCAUUCUGCAGUUUGAUCCUGCUCCUCUGCUGUGCUACCUUCAUGCUGACCUGUUCAGAUACCUCAGUGCUAAAGAGACCAAAAAACAGUUUGUGGAAUUUUACAACAACUUCUUGGACAAGGGUGCAAUUCUCAGAGUGGCAGUACCCCCCAAUAUAGCCUAUGAGUUGGACCGGACCCGUCCAGAUCUACUCGCAGAAGAGACCCAAAAGCGUUUUGCUCAGGACGUUCAGAGCGUGCAGGUUCCUGAAGUGUCCAAACAACUUGAAGAUUUUAGGCAAAAGAGAAUGAUGGGCAUGACCCCCAACGAAUGUGAGCUGGUAGAUGUUGAGAGCCACUAUCCCACCGACCGCAUCCCGAUGGACAUGAAGGAGAAGUCUGUAGCUGAGAACCUGCUGGAGCGGAUGUCAGAGACACAACCUACAAUUGUCGCGGAUGAGGACAAAUGCCAAUCCAUUUUUACUUCACUGGCCAUGUACAUGAAGCACCUCGGGGUUAAAACCAGGGCAGUUGAUAGUAAGAAAUCCAGAGGAGGGUUUUUCAGGAGACAACUCAACAAGAAUAAGAAAGAUGAACCUUCAAAACCCAAGAGAGUGUUUCCCAGCAUCCCAACCUGGAUUGGAGGCGCCACUGAAGUCAAACCAAAAACGGAGAUUGAAGUGGAUGUGAACAAAGUUCUUGGUGGUAAAGGCACUACUACUGGCAGAGGUUCAUUGACUGACCCUGGAGUCCCUGCACCCGCCAGCAAAAAGUCUGUUUCCGGCAGCGGCUUGGCUACUUUAGAGAUCACUGAUGGGCCAGGAAGCGUCACCAUCCCCAACAGCCCAGAGCCCACAAAUGCUGAAGGUCUUUCAAGCACCCGCCUGGAGCCUCCAGCCGUGUCAGAUGACCCUAUCGGGUCGGGGCCUGGGCUUAUUCUUGUGGAGCCCAUAUCACCCAGUGACGCUCCCACCGAGGAGCCUGUAGAGAAAGAAAGUAGGAAAGUGAUGCGCAGCGAGAGCGCCCGUGUGGACCGGCACCCGUCUCGGCGCCGUGGCUCUUCUCGGGCCAAACAGUCUCGCUCCCGUAGCGAUGUGGACCUCCAGCCUCCCUCUUCCACCACAACACCUGCCCUGCUCACCCCCCAGCACCACCAUCCUGUUGAGGGACCGGCCGUAAGUCCUGAAGGCCCCGGCCACUCCCCCACCACGCCCUCCCCACAGCUGGAGGAGAUGGAGCCACGGUUCAGGGAGUUUGAGCACGACCCACCCAACUGGAGGGAGGCAGCAAGGGAGGCAGGACCUCCUGAAGCUCUGUCCAGCCUCAGCAAGAAGGAGAUGAAGAGGCAAGAGGUCAUAAAUGAAUUGUUUGCAACUGAACACGCCCAUGUACGAAUGUUAAGUGUGCUUCAGUUGAUCUUCUCAAAGCCCUUGGAGAGAGAGGAGCUCCUGACCUCCACUGAGGUGGCAGCCAUUUUUCCCAACCUGGAUGAGAUCAUUGAAAUGCACUAUAAUUUCUACGAGAACCUGAAGAAACAGCGUUUGAAUGACAGUUUCAUAGUGAAAUCUAUCUCCACCACAUUACUCAACAGAUUUGGUGGCACGGAGGGAGAGUGGUUCCAGAAACUGACAGCACGGUUCUGCAGCCACCAGUCAUAUGCCCUGGAUCAGAUCAAGAGGCAGAGGAAAGAGGCCCGCUUCAACUCUUUCAUUCUGGAGGCAGAGAGCAGACCGCAGUGUCGCAGGCUGCAGCUCAAGGACAUUAUUCCGAUCGAGAUGCAGAGACUCACAAAGUAUCCGCUGCUGCUGGAGAAUAUUGCAAAGAACACAGAGGACCCAUCAGAGAAGGAGAUGAUCCUGCAGAGUGCCGAGUGCUGUAGAAAGAUCCUCAACAUUGUGAAUGAAGAGGUCAAAGUGAUGGAGAACCUCUUGACUCUAAAGGAAUACCAGCGUAAACUGGACACGUCAGGACUCAAACCCAGCAAUGAGCUUUAUAGUGAAUACAAGAGCAUUGACUUGACUCAGAGGAAAAUGCUCUUCGAAGGUCCACUCACCUGGAGAUUCACCAAGGAGAAGGCUGUUGAGGUGCAGUGUGUGCUGCUUGUGGACAUGCUGGUGCUCCUGCAGAAACAAGAUGACAAGAUGGUCCUCAAAUGCCAAAGCAAGAGUAACAUUGCUGUGCAGGAAGGCAAGCAGAUGUUGAGCCCUAUUAUAAAGCUGGACUCAGUCUUCCUCCGUGAGGUGGCAACAGAUCGAAAGGCUUUUUACGUGAUAUUCACCUGGGAUAGCGGCGCUCAAAUCUAUGAAUUAGUGGCCGGGACUGUGGGAGAAAUGAGGACUUGGACAGAUGUGAUAAAGUCAGCAGUAGAUGAUCUGAAGAAGAGCGGUGCCCCCAUGAGGUUGCCAGUGCCUCCAGGAGCCGGAGGAGCUCCCUUCAGUCCCACUGCGCUUCAUCCUCCUUUAAGUCCAACUGAGAAUGGAAGUUUAAAAAGCAGCAGUGAUAAGGACAGGUUGAAUGACGACAAGGCUACAGAUCCCAGGCACAGGCUGAUAGAUUUCCUGUCGGACAAAGGCUUUGACUUGAUAGGCCACUCCAACAGUGAUCAGGAAAAGCUGGCCAACAGUGCUGUGGAUGAAUUGAUGUCGCUGAAAAGGCUUUUGAUCGGCAGCAUCAGUCUAUCAGAGGACUCCCAAUUUGAUGACGGACAUGAUGAUGAGCAAGUAGAGAGGCCCAGUCAGGAAAUGGAAAACUCUCUGUCACCAGAAAGCCAGACCACAGACACGGGUGCUGAGGAGAUGAAUACCAACACUUGUGAAAAUGAAGGUGCGGAGACCAAAGGAGAUAAGGAUGGGAGCAUCAGCGCACCCCUGGUGUUGUCUCAGGAGAGGAAGGAGGAGGUGUGCAGGAGGCUUCACAGCCUGGAGAAACAGCUGAAGAGACUACAGAUUGUAGAAGAAGAGCACCACAGACUGCAGGAGGCCCUUUCUAAGUUCUCACUGGAGGGGGGCAACUUCCAGUAAGACGCCAUCACACCACCUGCUGGCCACUAGGUUUUUAGUGGCUCUGGUUUGGGCUGAGUGACUUUCGGAGGCUUUCCCGGAAAUUCCUAAACCCUCAUACAUCUUGCCUGGAUCCUUGCUGCAUUAUUUCCUUGUAUCACAGCUGUUUGCAGCCAAGCAGGAAGGUUUCUGCCUGCCAGAGGAAUGCAAUGGCUUUGUGCACAGUGCAGUGGUUCAGUGAUGGAACAUGGGAAGUGUGUGCUUGCAUAUGUGUGUGUCUGGGUGCAUGCUUGGAAGAAAGCUAUACAAAGAAGAAGAUGACAAAAAGAAAAAUAUCCUACUUUUGAGAGGGGGGGGGGAUUCCCAGAGGUGCCAAAAGAAAUCGAGCAAUACUUUGCUGGGAGAAAGAUGCUGCCUAACAAAACCUAGUAAUUUAAUUCUGCCGUAACACACAUAUGCACACCAAAAAAACAUGCAUGCUGGGAAAUAAUUUACAGUAAGACAUAUAAUGUUACAAUGUACAGUAAAUGGAAAAAAGCUUGAAGGACUAAUGUAGCAAUAGAAGAUGCAUUGAAGAGCUACUGCUGAUAAACAGUGUGUAUGUAUAUGUGUGUUUGUGUAUAUAUAAAUAUACAUAUAUAUGCACACACUUAGUUAUUUGUAAUCGAUGCCAAAGUACAACAGAGAUGCACUUUUUUCUGAUCUAAACAAGCUGAACACACUGCUUUUUGCCAAAUGUAUUAGUCAAACUUUCUAAUUCCGGAUGGUUUUUGAUCAGAUGGGCUUCAGCCCUUAUUAGCGAAAAUAUGUUUGCAAGAGAGUGUGUGUAUGUGUGUUACAAGGAUUUUAAUUAAAGACCUGUUGUUUGGAUAGCUCCUACUGUUCUGAGGUCUCAUGAAAGCAUUUAUAAAUAGUGGCACUAUUGGCAAUCAUGCUGUUUAUAUUGGUGAUUUAAUUGUAUGUACUGCUUUUAUUUAUUUCUCUAAGUCUUGUUAGGUCAGUGAGUUGCCUCGACCGAGUUAUACUGUUACAACACUGGGUCGAAAAGAGAGUAAUGUGCAGGAGUGGGACGAGGCCAAAGAAGGCAAGCCUGGGAUGUGUGACGGUAACUGAGGUAUAGAGAGAGAAAAAGAUUGAUGUAGGUUUGAGAAGUGGGUUUAAGUUGUUAUUUUGGUUUAUAUAUCUUGAAUUAGAGAGUCACAAGAAAGCUAAUCAUGUUGACGAAUAGCGCGGACAUGCACACGGAUGCAUACAGAGAGCCCAGUACUACAGAUUUGUUAAGAAGUUCCAGAAACAUUUCUGCAGUAUCAACUUCCCACAGAGACGGUAAACAGUUCCUGAUCCAAAACGCAUGAGUUGGGGUUAUAAUUUGUAUUAUAAGCGAUUGGAAACAUGUUUUUGUUUAUGACAAAAAAAAUAAUAUUCUACCUUUUGUAUUGGUGUUUAUGUAAAAAUUGAGCUAUCUUUGUAUUUUACUGAGAUUGUAAUUAUAAUUAUUGUGAUAUAUUUUCCGAGUAAUGGCAUAACUGAGGCUGUACACACAGGACCAAAUAGAUAACAAGAACCAUUAGAUCCUCAUUCAAACUAACUUUCUGAGCGGCAUGCCAAAUCUGCAGAGUUGCAUGUCAGAAAAAGGCUGAGUGGUGACCCAUUAAUGCAUCGAGCAGCUUUUUCUCUUCCCAAACAUGAAGCAACUUGACAUGAAGAGGUUUUAGAAGCACAAUCAAUAAUAAAACAGUGGAUGUUCAGAGAAAAAUUAAUUUACAAAUGAACAAAAAAAUAGAAAGAUGAAGUAUGUUAAGUUGCUAUGGCCGUAUGACCAAACUCAAACAGAAUUUGCAGGUUACCAGUUUCUAAUAUACAAUUUCUAAGACAAAAAUGGGCAAAAUAAUGAAUGAAAAUUAUGUUUUCAGGUUCUUUUUUUUCCCUUACUGUGUGUCACAAUGUGUAAGUAAAAGCUCGACUGCCACAGGUUGUAUUGUCCUGCAUAGAGGACUAAAGACCAAGGACUGUUAAACCUCUGCGACUAAAUAUAGCACAUGAGACCAGGGAAGAAAAAAGAAAAAAGCGGCAACAAGACAAUAAAACCAGAUGGGGUUACAAGGGAAACUGUAGAGGAUUUGGAGGAAGGAAAACUGUAGUCUCAUUUCAAUGAUGCUCUUAUAGUCUCUGUAAUCAUAAUCACUUCCUCACAUACAUUCUCAUUGUUGUUGCUACAACAACAAAUUCUACUUUCUGAACCUACUGAACCUCAGUAUGUUUACUCAGUUUAAUGACUUGAGUGCCAGAGGUUGCAGAAUUAUAAGUUUGUUGUCGAAAGUGACUGUUAUAUUUCCUUAUGUCUUCCUCUUAGAAAUUGUACAUAAAUCGUAGCUUGAAGGAAAAAAAAAAGAUGAACAGUCUUCCUUGACAGUAAUCACUCUUUCCUCUCAUGCAGUUUUACCAGAAGUGGUUGUCUAUUUCAUUGGACUUUAAACAGGUUGAGGAAGUUUGUUUUUUUCCAUUAUUUUUCAGUUAAGCUUCUCAGUUAUACUAUGCAUUUGCAUUACGGUGAGAGAGAUGGGACUUGUCUGUAACUUGCCCAUGCAUGAACAAAUUGAACAAAUAUGCAAAUACGGUUACCACGGUUUUUAGUGUCAACUUGUCCUGUAUUGUUGGUGUUCAACACAUCUUUCGGACACAUUUAAGGAGAUCAUCUCAGUGAGGGGUUUAUAUUUGUUAUGAUCUUUAGUGGUCAACUGGUAAAAAUUCAAAAAUCGCCAACAUUCAUUGAUAACUUCAAUCUUCAUUGGCUGAUGGUCGGUAUAGGCUUUUCUUGCUUUCUCCCUCUCUCUUGCUCCUUCAUAUGCCAUUUUGUUCCUCAUGUAUUAUCCAUAAGAUGUAUAAAAAGUGUAUUUAUAGAGCAGUGCCUUGUUCUGACCAUCAUGUUGCUUGAUAAAGGGCUCUUAAGUCAAAAGGUCCUGCUUGUUUUGGUAGCUUCCAUGGCCCUGGCAUCACACAUUGAGAGAAACUAAAUGAAAUGACUAAUAAGCAGUGAGCGAUCAUCCCCGGUCGCUAAAUGGAUGGGUUCUAAGUUGACGGCUGCAUUUUAACGUUGAUCAAACUUGGCCUCCUUUUGCCUCCAUUUCCAUUACAUCAGCGUUCUUUGAGCCCACUUAGCUCAGCCAGAUCCUUAUUUAGUAAAAACACUGCUCCUUGUUGUACUGGCCUAUGCCAUCUUGUCUAUCUAUAAGCAAUGAAUAUGCAAGAACUAUAUUGUGUAUUUUGGUAUUGAUUUUUUUUUUUUUUUUUUUUUUUUAAUUGUGUAAGAGGCUCUUAAAUGAUGUAUACCUAAGAUAAUUGUGGUACGUUCUGUUUUUUAAUUUUUAAUUUUUUAAAUAAACUGGGGAAAUAA